UCAAGCUCCUUAAGACAACGACAAGAGAAGAAAUCAUCUUCCACCAUCACCAUGUUAAGAUUCUUCAAAUUUAAUACCUCGGAAAAGAAAAAAGAGCGUUCUGACAUCACAUCCAAAUACAGAGACAUCAUCUCCAAAUGUACUCCGAUUCGUUCAGGAUGUCCUGCUGUCUACAAGCUGAAACCAAAAGAAGAAACUUUGGGAACCUUGAAAAACCUGAUUGUUGGUGAAGAAAAACCCAACACUCCAAAUAAAACCAUUUUAGUUGUUGGAGAAACAGGAACUGGAAAAUCUAUUCUGAUCAAUGCGCUGAUCAACCACGCCAUGGGAGUGAAGUUUGAGGAUCAAGUCUGGUUUCAAUUUGUGGAAGAAGAAGAAAAAAGUCAAACAGAAAGUCAGACAUCUACUGUGACGGUCUAUCAGGUCUAUGAAGGUCAAACUCUGCCCUUUUCUCUGACCAUCAUUGAUACUCCUGGUUAUGGAGACACCAGAGGGAUUGAACGGGAUGUUAUCGUCGGGGAGCAACUGCUUCAACUGUUCCAGUCAGAACAUGGAGUUCAUGAGCUUCAUGCAGUGGGUUUGGUGGUCAAAGCUACUGAGAAUCGAGUGAGUGAUCGUCUGAGAUACGUCUUUGACUCAGUUCUGUCUCUGUUUGGAAAAGACCUGGAGAAAAAUGUUGUUGCUCUCAUCACCCACUCAAAUAGAAGACGACCUAAAAAUGCUCUGAAAGCUCUUGAAGCCGCAAAGAUUAAAUGUGCCAGAGAUCACAGGAAUGAUCCUGUUCACUUCCUGUUUGAUAACUGUCAAAGUGAAGACCGAACAGAUGAGGACGAGCUACAGGAUCUGAAGAAAUCAUUUGAUGUGACAAAGAAGGGAAUGAACAAGUUGGUAAAGUUCAUGGAAACAGUUGAGCCCCAAACGUUGGGCACAACUUUGGAUGUUAUGAAAUCCCGAAGCUGUCUGGCAGCCUGCAUCCACAACCUGCAAGACAGAAUUAACCAGAUAGAUCUGAAACAAACAGAGAUCAGACAGACUGAGGAAGCUCUGAAGAAAAGCAAGAAGGAACUGGAGAAUGAUAAGAACUAUAAAAUAGAAGUUCAUGAAGUUUACAAGCACAAAGAAAAAGUAGGUGAUGGAAAAUGGGGACUAACAAUGUUUAAUGAUGGUGCCACCUGCUGUACUGUCUGCGAGGAGACCUGUCACUUUCCAUGCACAACAGCCCCAUCUCCUUCAAAAUGUGAAGUCAUGAAAUCAGGAAAGUGCACAGUUUGUACCAAGAAAUGUCCUGUUUCAGAUCAUGUGAAAGAACAGUGGAGAUAUGUGAGCAAAACAAGGAGAGUGAAGAAAACCCUGGAAGAGGUGAAGAAAAAAUAUGAAGUAAAACAAGAAGGGAUGACUGACAUCUUGGAAGCUCUGAAACAAGAGACAGAGAAACUAAAGGAAGAGAAAAAUCGGCUUCUGGAAGAAGCUUACCAACAUGUAAUGAAGCUGGAGGAGAUCGCCCUGAAUGUUGAUUCACUGUCAACUUCUGUCAACUUGGACUUCCUGAUUGAGAAGAUAAAGGAGAAAGGAGAAACAGCCAAGGCUGAGAAACUGGAGAAGAUAAUGAAAAGACAGGAUAAAGGAGUUAUGUCAGUGAUGAAAUCCUGGUUUGGUAUGUGA